AAAAUAUAUUGCAUUCAUGACUGCUAACAAUGGCUUAGAAGGGAAACUAAACCUCUGUCGACUCUUUCAGAUGCACGGCUUCUCGCACUCGCUCCUUUGCUUCGCCACUUUUCUAGUUCUCCUUAUUCCAAGGAGUAGCACCGAAGGUGGAGUCUGGUGCUCCGCCCGUGUGACCGCCUUCCUGUAAUUGGAGAGGAAAGCCGGAGAUCGACCGAGGGCGGCGAGCUCUACGAUUAGAUCGAUGGUGGCCGCGGUCCCGGCAGCCGCCACCACUUCCCCCGCCGCGUCCCGGAACCCUCCCCGCAGUCACAAGAACACUUCGCCCCUUCCGCGUCGCGAUGAUCUCCAGAACCCUCGUCGCUCGCCGCUGAUCCCCUCCGAGAAGAGCAAUGCCGCGGCCGGCGCAAGGCAGCCUCGCACCAAGGAGAUCGGUUCUCGCUACCUCUCAUCUUGUGGUUCCUCCUCGUCCUCUUCCUCCACCUCCUAUUCUACCGCCACUACGUUCUCUUCUUCGAGCGGUUCGCCUAGCUCGCGGCGCUUCCCGUCGCCGAUGGCGGCCCCCCGGUCCUCGACGCCGCCGGUAUUGCCCCAGUCCGCCGCCCAGAAGCGGUCCCACUCCGUCGAUCGGGCUCGGCCUUCCACGCCUCGCGCCGAUCCCCGCCCGGCCCCUGCGGAGCCCUCCCCCGCCGCGCGCGCUCUCUGCUUGACGACCCGGAGCCUCUCCGUCUCAUUCCAGUGCGAGUCCUUCUUCUACCAGACCAGCCGCGCUAAGGCCGCCUCCCGCAGCCCCGCCAGGAAGUCCACUCCCGAGCGGCGGCGAGCUAGUGCCUCUUUUGCCUCUCCAUUGAAGGUUGGUGAUCAUUUGGAUAACUCUAAGCCCUUUGAAAACCACCACCGAUGGCCCUCUUCCACAGCCCAGCCGUCAAAUCCGUUGAUGAGGAUCUCGAAUUGCUCUGCUGAGAAGAAAGAACCGAUUUUGGCCACCGUCAGGUUCCAUCAGUCGAUGAUGUUUGAUGAUAGUGCGAGAAGGGCUUCGUUCGAUGGGUGUGACCUAUCAGCUUCAUCCGAUACUGAUAGUGUGUCCUCUGGGAGCAAUUCGGGGGCGCCAGAAUUCAGUAUGCGCCCGCGCGCAAAGGUGACUUCCAGAGGGAUCAGUGUCCCAGCAAGGUUUUGGCAGGAGACGAAUAGCCGGCUGCAUCGUUAUCCCGAAACUUGCUCCCCACUAUCUUCGCCGGAUUCAAGGUCUGUGGUACAGUCGAAGCUGGGUGUGAUAAAGAAGUUGUCAAUGGACAGCCCCUUGUCUUCUCCAAGGUCAGUUUCCUCACCGCUCCGUGGACCCGUGAGACCUUCUUCUCCAAACAAGCUUUCCGCUUCACCAUCAAGGGGUAUGGCAAGCCCUUUGCGGACAAGGAGUAAUGUAUCAAUGAGCAGUUCACUGGUUUGUCAACCAGGCAAUGCACCUUCAAUUAUAAGCUUUGCUGCUGAAGUGCGGAGAGCAAGGAAGGGGGAGAAUCGGAUUGAGGAGGCUCACAUGUUGAGGCUGCUUGAUAACCGGCAUUUACAAUGGCGAUGUGUUAAUGCCAGGUUUGAUGCUGCACUGUUAUUGCGGAAACUAACUGUAGAGAAAAAUCUGACUGAUGCAUGGGUAACUACCAAAGAGUUGCGUGACUCCAUUACUAAUAAAAGGAUCAAGCUACAAACUCUGAAACAAGAUUUAAAGCUAAUUUCCAUUCUUAAGGAGCAAAUGGCCUAUCUAGAGGAGUGGUCUCUUAUGGAGAAAGAUCACUUAAGCUCAUUAUCAGAAGCUAUUAAAGCAUUAAAGGCUAGCACACUUCGUCUUCCCAUAGUUGGUGGAGCCAAGGCUGACCUUCUGGAAGUUAAAGAUGCAAUUAGUUCAGCACUUGAUAUAAUGCAGGCAAUGGGAUCCUCAAUUUGCUCUCUAUUGUCCAAGGUUGAAGGAAUGAGUAACCUGAUAUCAGAAAUCACUAAAGUGGCUGCACAAGAGCGAGCACUAGUUGACCGAUCCAGAGGUCUCUUGUCCACCGUAGCAGCUUUGAGUAUAAAGCAAUGUAGCCAGCAAGGACAGUUAAUACAACUGAAGAGAAGAGCCAGCCUGAUAUAGAUACAGAGCAGAUGCUCUUACCAACCUUGUGAUCACUAACAUCACAUCAUACUCUACUUCUGACCAGAGAGUUUGGAGGGAAAUAAAGCAUGAGGGAUUACAUUGCCUGCCGACAGAGUGGUUUUCUUCUGCUGCUGCUGCUAAUAAAAGAAAAGCUCAUUGUAGGAUUUGUAUGAGUGGAUCAUUUCUUAUACAACAAUCUAUAAGCAAUCACUCGACAACGACCGAGCUUGCGAGACCCAAUCCUCACAGACACAGGUUGAGGAGCCUCUCGGCUCGACGGCGCAGUGGUUGCCUCACCGGCUCUCACCGCUAGUUGUCACUGAUCCCUCCGUGUUUAUCGGCGGCGUGGCUGGACGACGCCGCUUCUCCUCCCUCCCGCCGCCGGGGGACCGACGACACAGGUCCGGAUCACAGGCCGCCGCAUCGUCUUCGUCGAGUGGAGCACGCCGCCGCUCGGGCACGGAGAAUGAAGAGAACCCUGUCAAAUAGGAGGGUAGUGCCGCCGUAGAAGACACUUUUGAGUGUGGCCUGAUAGAGGUGCCAAUUGCGGUCCGCAGCAGGCCCACGGCGACGUUCACUGGGUUGAUGCUUCACCCGUACCAUUCGUACAGGUGCAAAGAUUGGAAUAAAUCUGCAACCAGAGACUCGUCAGAAUGGAGGAAGGGAUCGGGAAACGAGAGCAUUUGGAAUCAAAUCGUGACUUGUAGGCACGAACCUGGGCGUUGGGAGGGGUAGACGGCGG